AUGUUUAAGAAGCAUGCUGUGUUGGGCCGUAAAGACGUGGACAAGUGGGUGGGGCAGGGGGACUCAUUGGCGAGGUGUGAGCUUCAUCCUGAAGAGAUCAUCAAGAUGGAAUGCCAGGACCACCACCAGCUCUGUUGUCACCUCUGUGUGGCCCUAAAUCAUAGGUUGUGCCGUAGCAUCAGCCUGGUUGAGGAUCUGGCAAGGGGCAUACCCAAGAUGGCUGACUUCAAGCAGCUUCCCACCACUAUGAGCAAGCUGACAUCGAGUCUGAAUCAGGUCAUAGAGGACAGAAAAAUGAACAAGAACUCCCUUCAAGUGUCUGGCGAGUCAAUCCUGGCAAAGAUCAAAUCCCUGAGGGACACAUUAAACCGCCUGCUGAAUGAGUUGGAGAGGAAGACAGUGGAACAGAUGGAGAGUGUCCUGGCUGACCUAGAUCGGUCACUACAGAAGGACAUAGACUCCUGCAAACACAUAAUCAGCUCAAGGCAUUGA